AUGGGUACUCAGCAGCAACAUCAACUUGAACAAGAUGAUGAGUUAGAGUACCAAAGGGAUCAUCAUGCGUCAGAAGCAGGACUUGUACAAGGAUUGAGAAAAGAUGAUUUAGAGAUUGAGGCGCUGGAUCCGAAGAAGAAGACCAAGUACGAGGAAGAGGAAGAGAAGGAGAAUCUGGGGUUGGAGGAGGAGUUGUCAGUGGAAAGGAUAUUUGAGCAGCAAAUAGUGCCGUCAUGGAAGGAGCAGCUGACAGUGAGAGCGUUUUUCAUAAGCUUUGUGCUGAGCGUGCUCUUCAGUGUGAUAGUGAUGAAGCUCAACCUCACCACCGGUAUUAUUCCUUCUCUCAACGUCUCUGCUGGACUCUUGGGCUUCUUCUUUGUCAGGACUUGGACCAAGUUCCUCGACAGGUGCGGCCUCCUCAAACAACCCUUCACCAGGCAAGAGAACACUGUUAUUCAGACCUGCGUCGUUGCUUCCUCCGGCAUCGCCUUUAGCGGAAUAGGAUAUUGA